AGUUGGUACCCCACCCCCCUUUCCAUCUCCCCCUUUAAAUCCCCCCUCUCCUCUCCUUCUUUCUUCCAUUCCACCUUUGCAAAACAAAGAAAGGAAAAUAUUAAAGUUUGGGGUUUUUCUAGGCUACUGAAUUAUUAUUAUUAUAAGCUUGCAAAAAAAAAAAUAAUAUAAUAAUGCAGGUUGUUAACGAAUCGGCGACGAGCAUCGGGGGCGGCCGGAAAGGGGCGGCGCGGCAGGGGAUGAGAUCAAUGGAGGNCCAUCUCCCCCUUUAAAUCCCCCCUCUCCUCUCCCUCUUUCUUCCAUUCCACCUUUGCAAAACAAAGAAAGGAAAAUAUUAAAGUUUGGGUUUUACUUGCAGUAGUGCUUUUUCUAGGCUACAGAAUUAUUAUUAUAAGCUUGCAAGAAAAAAAUAUAAUGCAGGUUGUUAACGAAUCGGCGUCGAGCAUCGGGGGCGGCCGGAAAGGCGCGGCGCGGCAGGGGAUGAGAAUGGAGGCGACGUACGAGCGGGUCCGGCAGCUGGCGGCCGGGAACGCCGUGGUGAUCUUCACGCUGAGCGGCUGCUGCAUGUGCCACGUGGUGAAGCAGCUCCUCUUCGGCCUCGGGGUGGGUCCCACGAUCGUGGAGCUCGACCGGGACGCCGACGGCCGGGAAAUCUACUCCCUCCUCCUCCGCCUCGCCGACUCCGGCCAGCAGCAGCCCGUCCCGGCGGUGUUCGUCGGCGGGAAGUUCCUGGGCGGGAUCGAGACGGUCAUGGCCUGCCACAUCAACGGCUCCCUCGUCCCCCUCCUUAAAGACGCCGGAGCUCUCUGGCUCUGAUAGAUCAUCCCCGCCGCCGCCGGCCGGUCAUCGCAUUCUUGAAUUUCCGCCGGACAUUUCGUUGCUCUGAUCAGCUUUUGUAGACAACAUAGAAUUAAGGAAUAUAAUAUAUUUGCAUGCAUUGAAAUGCAUGCUUCUGUUUCAAGGGGACAAGACAAACACUCCAGACAUUUUUUUAGGUUCAGGAUCUCAGAAAAUGUCUACUACGUUAAAUUAAUCGAAUUUCUGAUG